UUUGGCUAUGGUUAAUAUAUUGCAUAUUUUACUUAGCUUUAUUAGCAGUAUUAGCACUUGAUUUGUUUUUCGUUGCUAGGGAAAGGGGUUGUACUUUCAGUAUUGCUUAGAUACCAAAUUACAACAGAUAGACAUCGUAUCGCGGGACUAUUCUGAACCUUGGGGAGUAUUUAAACCAAAAAACUUUGAGGCUAUUAAGCAAUGUAUUAACAUUUGUUAUGUUUCGAUGUAGUUAAAUACAUAUUUUAAUUGUAAAUUAUAUUCAAUUUAUACCUACCUACCUAUGGUUUAGCCCCCUCCACACUCCUGCGCGAAUCGCAGCGUGAAGACCAAAGAGUCCUGACCAGGAAUAUAUGAUCAUUGUCAAGAGGGCGCUAUUAUUCUCAUUUAUAUGGCAACAGUUCAGUAUAGUCUGAACAAUGUGGAUUGGCAACUCGUUAUUUUGACUUACAUACUUUUUUUCACUCUAAUCAUAAUCAGAAUCCAAAUAUUCGGUGUUCACAUUUUUUUUAUUGUCGGUUUUUACCGUAUAAAAUUCAUGUAUUUUCUUACGCGUCAUACAUAGGUCAAAAUUACCUUACAUAGGGUCUGCUACAUUGUCAAUGAACAAAAUUGAUCGUCUCCAAAGCCCAUAGCAAAGAGAAUAGAGUGUAUAAAGAGUUAUUGUCAUAGUAAAUUUUGUAGUCACUGUAAAUUUAUUGCCAUCUAUCGACACAAGAUUAAAACUAAAAAUUAAAAUGUAUGAUGUAUAUCUUUACCCAUAGUAAACAUUUUUCAAACACAUCUUUGUUACUGUACUUAAGUAUUUCCUCGCUUGUAUAACAUAACACAACAAUAACCAAGUCGUAAUAACCAGGCUAUAAUGACAUUUUGAUUUGUUUACCGAUAGGUAAACAAACAAACUGUCAGAGCUGACACUCUGAUGUUAAUUUGGAAAUGUUUCGUAGCGAAAUAGUUUAAUUUCCCGAACGGUUCUUUUCCAGCAGUUUAUUAUUUACAAUGUUCCGCUCUUGAUUAUGUAUAGUUUUGGCCAUUUUUUGUCAUUUAUUAUUUAAUAUUCAACACUUAAGUAUUAUUCAAGUAAACCGCCACAAUGACACUGAGCCUCCAUUCGCACGAGAGCUUUUUCAACGCGCGUUAAAAAAGCGCUUGAAUCCGUCCACACGCUCGCUAAAUUCGAUUUAACGACCAACGCUUAAAGUCGAAAAUUCAACAACGCUUGAUAAAAAGCGCCACCGCCAUCGUAUGAACAAAUACACAUGUUUCCAUUUGUGUCAUUCAAACGCUUUUUUGUGCAAAUGUAUCUUUCAGUAGGAGUAGCAGCGAAAGACCUAUUAUUGUUUGUCCUUUAUUAUUGCUUGUCACAGUCUCACAUUUUAUUUGUUCCCCACCGUUUUUUUAGUAUGGAUUAUGGUGGGCAACAAAUAAAUUCGACCAAUCACAGUGUCGCAUUUGCGUAUGUUUUGUCUCUCACGGAGGCACGCGUAUACCACUUCUAUACGAUCCUACCUUCUAUGUCCGAUUGUCAUUGUCAAUGUCAAGACUGUCAAACAAUAACAAUUAAGUUUAUUAAUUAUAAAAGUGCAGUAAAACAAGUUUUGUUAAAUUUGUAAAAAUCUAAAAUAUAUUUUACAAAACAUGGCAGGAAGUUAGCUGUUGAUAAAAUAAGUGAAGGCUUCCCACUAACUGAUAAGCAAGUGGGUGAUAAGACAUGUGUGCUAAUAAGUGUGAUAAACGUAAAAAGUGCUUGACAGUUGCUAUGUUUUUCAUAAUCAAACUGUGUUUAAAAAUAUACAAAAGACUAUGGCGAAUAACUUUGAAUGAAGUAUUGUGUACAUCAUUAUUACUGUGUGUCUGUUUUGUUUUUUGGACUUUUAAAGGUUAUAGAAAAACGAAUAAUUCAGGACAGUCAGAAUAUCCAACGAUAAUGUGGUGGACUAAAGGAUUUCCUGGCGCUUUUGAAACUAAACACUGUGCACAAGAUAUAAGAUGUUCUAUUUACAACAAUGGAAGUGUUACACAUGUAAAUAAUGUUGAAGCUUAUUUGUUCUAUGGAAGUAACAUUGACUUCAACCAUUUACCAUUACCAAAGAAGUCUGAGCAAAUUUGGGGUUUGUACCAUGAAGAAUCCCCGAGGAAUGUAGAGGAGCUAAUGCAUGAACAAAUACUAAGAAUGUUCAAUUACUCCUCUACCUUAAGUAGAUACAGCGAUGUACCUUUUCCUUUGCAACAUCUGGAAUCCAUUGAACAUAUUACUAAUGAAGAAUACUUUGUAACGACUUUUGAAAAGAAUAUUUUUUUGAAUGAGAUAGCUCCAGUUAUGUAUUUACAGAGUGAUUGUGAGACAUCCACUGAGCGAGAUGCCUAUGUGAAAGAACUAAUGAAAUACAUAGAAGUUGAUUCUUACGGAAGUUGUCUGAACAAUAAACAAUUGCCUUCAAAGUUUGUUGAUGAUUAUUUGAAUCAUUUGAGUGAUGACGAAUUUUUAAAGUUUAUUUCAAGAUACAAGUUUAUUGUAGCUAUAGAAAAUGGAGUUUGUGAAGAUUAUGUGACUGAAAAGUUUUGGAGAGCAAUAAGAGUUGGUACAGUACCUAUAUACUUUGGAUCUCCUUCUAUAAGAGACUGGUUGCCUAAUAAAAAAUCGGUAAUUUUGCUGGAAGACUUUCCUACGCCAAAGCUUUUGAGUGAACAUCUAAAAAAGUUGUUAGAAGAUGAUAUGUUGUAUGAGCAAUAUUUAGAACAUAAAAUUUAUCAAAUAAUAACUAAUGAACGGUUGAUAACCGACUUCAGAAUGAGGCCUCAUCAAAUGGACCCAUUGAAGACUAUUGAAGAAUUUGAAUGUUUCAUUUGUGACAAAUUACACAAACGAAGGAAAGGGAUUUAUGAUAAAAGAAUUGUAGAUAAGAGACACUACAACUGUCCCAAGCCACUAUCAGCUUUGUCGUUGGCUGUUAAUUCACAAAACGAUUGGGUCUUCUCUUGGGAACAAGCUAAAAAGAGAGCAAAUGAAAUAUAUAAAAGAGUCUCAAAUACGAACUAAGAUCUAAUGAUUGAACCAAAUCGACAUAAAAAAACCAAUUGAGAUAGAGCAUCAGUAUUUUUUUAAAUAUAUUUUUAUACUCUUAUAAAACUGUUUUUUUUUGCCUCAUUUAAAAUCGGUAAAAUCCACGUAACAAUUACUUGGAUACAUAGGUACUUGAGAUCUAGUUAAGUAGUCACACAGAAUAAUGGUCAAGAAAGGUAAUCAAAAUUAAUUAAGACAUUAUUGAACUUCUUUAUAUUUCAUCAUCAGCAUCAUUAUUAGAGCAACAUUUUUUAAUAUAGAUGGUCAAGCAAAUCUUGUCAGUAGAAAAAGGCGCGAAAUGCAAAUUUUCUGUGAGACGAUAUCCCUUCGCGCCUACAUUUUUCAAGUUUGCCGUU